CGGGCUGCUAAAGCCAGAAAUGGCUAACAUGAAAAUGAUGAACGGUCAAAGCAAAACAGAGAAAUCAGCUGUGCGGUCACGUGACAGGCCGGCCAAUCAGCGGCCAGGGUUUCCAGAGAGGAGAGGAGAGUGAAGCAGGUGGCCUGAGGCCCUGGUCAACUCAAAGACGAAAAAACCUACACAGAAGACAGGAGGGAAGGAACUAGCAGCAUCAACAGUACCUGUAUCUCGUGGAGCUAAACAGGCUGGCAACAGUACAUCUAAAACCAGUGUUAGUCAUGGAAGAAGUAACAGCAGCAGAGGGACUGACUCCACUGCUACUGGCAGUAAGGUUGGUGGCACUUUGAAAAUAGGCAGCAUCAGCCGCCAGGGCUGCGUUGGGCAACAGGGUACCAGACAAACGUCUCGCCAAACCAGACCGGCUCUCCGCCUCUGCAGCAGCCAGAGCUUCUCGUCCCUCCACCCAUCCUCUCUCACCGCUGCUUCAUUCAUGAGAAACAGUCACUCUCUCAGCAGACUCGAUCAGAGAUCCACUGCAGACGAUUUAGAUGCAGUUUCAAGUUCACAAGUUAAAAAAGGACAAACCACAGAAAAGAAAGCUCAGAGUUCUGGUCAGCUGUCCUCAUCUGAGAAGCAAAUCAGGGAUAACAAAGAACAGCAUUGUGGUGAUAAUGCUGAGAAAAUGAAAACCAGCAGCUCCACUGCUGAAUGUCAUCAUGAUUGCAACAAAGUAAAGAAACAGACCAGAGAUGGAGUCUACACACUCUGUGCUAUGACCUCUGGGAUGAAGCAUAACUGGGUCCAAGCAGUGUUGAAGAAUGUGAGGCCAAGUCUUACCCCUGACGUCACGUGCUCCCUCCCAGAGCAGGCGACUCAUCAGGAAUCACAGCAACCAGACUCGCAGUCAGCUGAGGAGAGAGCUGAACACCCAAAUAGUUUUCAGCAAGAGCACAAAACCAGUGACUGUGCAGAAGAAACACAUCCACAGCAGAAUGAACUGCAGACAGAGAGAGAGCAGAGAUCUGCUGAUGGAAGCUCGGCAUUGUCUAUGAUCUCCUCCUCCUCUCAUCUGUCCACCCCCAUCUCACCCUCUGCUCUGUCUCCCAUCAGUCCUACACGGCAGGUGGAGGAGGAUGAAGGCACUUCAUAUCUACAGUGUGUGACAGAUGCAUUGUCGUGCGUUGAAGGAGCUGGAAGUGACAGCUUGACUUCCACAACAAUGCAGUCAAAUGAAGAGUGCUGUGAUGAACAUCCAAACAUGCAGAGUGAAACAGAGCAGCAAAUUAAAGCAAGUGAAGAACAACGAGUAACAAAAAACACCAGCUAUGAGUGCACGAAAGCGACGGAAAAACAGUCCUGUGAGCGACAAACUGGGCAACUUGUCAAAGAGCUGGAACAAACACAGAAGGAAUUGUCUCGACUCCAGCAGUUAAACAGAAAUCUGCACGAUGAGCUACAACGAGAGCGAGAGAGGCGUUCAAAUGAAAGUGUUCAUGCACAGAGUGAUAUUUUUUCAGACUCGUCUUCAGAACAAGCAUUGGCUCUACAGCAACUGCAGAAGAUUAACCAUGACCUCCGCUCUGAGCUAGAGGCUCAAAAGAGGAUUCAGGAGGAAGCCAGAGAAGCUGAACUACGGCGAAGAGUAGAUCUCUUGGCUCAACAAGCUCAGUUACUGGUCACAGGUGAUGCCACAGCAUUUGCACAAGCCCAUCUGGAGCAAGAUCGCCGGCGUUUUCAUGAGCUGCAGGUGGAGUGGGAGCGUUGUGUGGCGUCCCUGCAGUCUCAGUUGAGCGUCAGUGAGAAGCAGAGGAAGGAGGCCGAGUCCUGCUUUACACAGCUGCAGCAGGAGCUGCAGAGUUUCCACCUUCUCCAGCAGGAGGCUGAUCGCUUGCAGAAAAACCUCCAAGAGGUGACAACUCAACUUCAUGCUAAUGAAAAAGCACAGGCUGACAAGGACGUUCGCCUGGAGAAGCACCUCAUGCUUCUUCAAGCAAGUCAGGACAGAGAGCGGAGGAGCUUUGCUGCUAGCCUGGCACAGGCAGAACAACACGCGCAAGAUCUUCAGGAGAGACUGGACAGGGCUGAAGAGCAGGUGGGGAGCUUGAAUAAGACUCAAACCUGGACCAGGGAAAUCGAGGAGGCUCAACAACAGCUUCAAGAGGAGCUAGCAUGUACAGUAUCUGCUGUGAAGAAACUUCAAGAGGACAGAGAGCAGCUCGACCGGCGCUGUCAAGAGCUGCAGAAUCAGUUGUUUGAGGCAGAUGGAGAGGUGAGCAGGCUGCAAAGCCGCUUGAAAACAGAUGAGACACACUACUACAAUCUGGAGCACUCGUACGAGAGAGUGUGCGAGGAACUGCAGCUCGCCUUAGGGAAGGUGCAGCAAAAGGAGUGUGAAACACAGGACAUCCGAGAAGGCUACGAGAGACUCCUGGACAGGAAGGAGCAAGAGCUGAGUGAGGUUUUGCUGAAGAUGGAGGUCUUAGGGAACAGCCUGGAGGAGACAGAAGUGAAGCUGAAUGAAGUGUUGAAAGUUUGCACCUGUGCCUCUUCUCGGCUGGAGGAUGAAUCCUCAGAGCCUGCUCAGCAAAAUGAGAGGCAACAACAGACAAGUGGUCUUCUCACUGUCGAUGUCAGCGGGUCAAAAGCAACAGACAGUGGUCAGUUAUUUAAGAGCUCAAAUGCCGUUGAACCUACAAGCAGCCAUUCUCACUCGAUUGACUCAUCAUAUCACAGCAUGGUCGCUGCAGGAGAUGACCCAGAAAGGUUUCUGUCUGUGAUCCACAUGCUUGAAACCAAACUUUAUGUAACAGAGGAGAAGUUAAGGGACAUUAUGCAAAGACUGGAGGAACACCAAAGUCACAUCACCUGCCAGGAUCCCCACCUUUGCUCUCAGAUCACUCGGAGCCGAGCCACCGCUCAGCACCUCAGUCUGCUUCUUCACAGUCAGGCCAAGCAGAGCCAGCGCUUUGCCCAGGAGACAGAAAUCCGCUGCAGGAUGUUCGUUGGUAGGUUUCGGGUUGCACUGAACAUCAUACAAGCCUGCAGAGAGAGGCUUCAGACCACCCCGAUUAGUAUUACAGACUUUGAGAAGCAACUAGCCACUGUUGCCGCCUGCCUUCAGCAAGGAGAGAAAGACGCAGAGAGACAACAGCAUGAGUCACAUAACGCCUGCAAAGGAGAGAACAAGAUCCUCAAUGAUGAGAGAUUAGCUGGAGCUGAGAGCAACGUUAGUGCUAAAAGUAAAGUCACUAAUACAUUACCCUCAGAGGAUGACAUGGAAAGUGUUGGGAGGUGUGUAAUGAGGGAACUAUUUGUAGUAGAAAAAAUGGUGUCCGUCCUUCAGAGCCAACAUGGCAUUGCACAACUAUCCUUAGUACCAAGAGUGGAUGAGGGGGAUGCAGCACACAGAUACAAAAGCAUAAUCUCCCAAAGAAUAGCCCUAAAAGCAGAAAAAAGAGAAGAAUGUGACAACAGUGAAAGGGAAAUCUGUAAAGUCUGUACUGAAGCAGAGCUCAUUUAUGCUUCCUUAAAGUUUCAGCAGCAAUACGAGAGUGUGACUCAAGGAAUUAAUAAAGAAGUGGAGCAUCAAAGGAAACGUCUGGCAGAUAUCAAUCCACCAGAGUUAGAUCCUUAUGAGGAGAGCAGAGGUUUAGAAGGAGCUACAAAACCAGUUGAAAAGAAUGAACCCGGUGUCAAAGAGGCAGAGGGAAAACCAGAGUGGUUAGAGAGAGUUAUAACCCGGCUGCAAAGACGUGCGAGAUGCUUACACCAUCUCUGCAAGGAGAUUUCUGAUGACAAUGGAGUAGAGUGGAGUGAGAAGGAUAACUGGGAAAGUGCGUCUGCAGCCGACUUAAACUGGAUGCAGGAGCAGGCAAAGUUGAUUUAUUUGUCCGUCAGGCUGCAACUGGAUUUAGAGCAGGAGCUGCAGCAAAGUGAAGUGUUACAGGACAAACUGCAAGCUUUGUGCAAACAGCAGGAUAUGACAUUAAAAGAUGAGCAGGAGGCUUUUAAUCAUGCCUUAUGUCAGCUUCAGGAGGACAACAGUGUAUUAAGAGAUGAACUAGAGUGUGCUGAGCAGAAGAUAACAUCCCUAGAGGCUGGCAACCAGAGACUCCUUGAAGACAUCCGGAAAACCCAGGACUAUCAUGAGGAACGGAUGAAAAAACUAGAAACAGAGUUUCAAGAGAAGAUUAGGGAACUACAACAGAUCCAUGAAGAGGAGAUGAAACACUUGCAUGGUUACUACACCAAGUCGUGUGUUUCCAAAGAGAAACAGUUUAAAACCUGUGCAGACACACCUGCUUUCACUGGGAGUACCUCCUUCCUACCAGACCAGACUGUGAUGGAAAGAAAAACAAAAGAGGAGCUCAGGAACCAGAUGGUGGGAAGUGAUGCAGCAACCACGAGGGAGGCUCAUCAGAAAGACCUAGAAAAACUUAAGGCAUCCUGUGAUGAAGAUUUCUUUGCUAUGGAGGAAAUGCACCGGCAGCUGAUAGGUGAUCUACAGCAGCAGCAUCAGAAGGAGGUGGCAGCACUUCUGAAGGAGAAAGACCAGCAGCUGCAGAACGAGACAGCCGCCACAAUGGCAGCGAUUGUAGCAAUGAGGAGAGCCCAUAAACAGGAGCUGGAGAAAAGUCGACUGUCUCAUCACAUCAAGGAGAAUGCUGACAUUGAACAACUGCACGUCCAACAUGAGAAGGAGAUGCAGUUACUGCAGAAGGAGCUUGAGGCGUUGUCGGUUCAGCACACUCAGAAAUGCCUGGAAAACUCUCACCUGAACAAUGAGCUACAGGAAGAGAGGAAAUCCUUGAUGCAGUACCAAAAAGAAAACCAGGAGCUCAAAAAGAAGCAGAGGGAGACAGAUGAAAUGUCUGAGCUGCAUUUCUCUCUAAAUGGAAAACAUGUUGCCCCUCAAGUAAAUGACUUCUAUGAGAUGGAGGUGAUUCUGCGAGCGAGGGAGGCAGAAAUGCAGUUUCUCAGACAGGAAGCUCUUUCUCUCAGAGAAGACUUGAAGAUUGCUCGAAUGGACAAAAUAUAUGCCCAGAACAAGCUCAAAGCUCUCUACGGAAACAUCCAGGAUGAACCCCGUCAUGGUGUCAACAAACUCUAUGAAGAUUUCAAGUUUGCCACUUGGUCUCCAAGCAGAGGAGCUUCAGGACAGAGCUCCAAGGACACGGUGACAAACACAAAUAAUGCUGCUUUUCUGAAGAAAACAGAGAAAUCAUCCCUCAGAGGAGUGAGAUCAAAGAGUUUAAAAGAAGGCCUUUCAGUCCAAGAAAGAAUGAAGCUGUUUGAGUCAUCCUGAUCAGAAAACCACCAGAGGGAGCAACAAACAGCGGCUUUUCUAGAUCAACAUUUCUAAACUUUUACUAUAAAAUAUCACAGAGUAAUCUCAAAGAAACAAUAUUUAUAUAUUCAGUACAAUGCACAGUGUAACUUAUUAACACUGCCUGUGUUUUUAUUAAAAGAUAACUCAGUUGCAUCAGUUGUAUAAAAACUGUGAUUAACAUAUUGUACCACUAGAUGUAGCAGAAUACAACAUUUACUCUCCCAGCAGAGGCAACAGACAUGAUGUCGGUACACCUGUAUCUGCUUUUAGAUUUAGUUUAAAAUCUGCUCUGCUGCUGCAGAGAUUCAGACAUUUUAUGACCAAAAUUAUUUGCAAGUGCAAGAAUAUUUAUUUAAUAUAUGGAAGUAUUAUGAUUGUAUGAGGAUUUUGUACU